AUGGUGGACGGCGUCGGCGAGUACGAUAACAAGCCUAUCGAGGUACGGGCCAUUGAGGCUUUGGGCCAGGGCUUCGACUUCGCCAGCGAUUUCAGGCUCAAGUUCGUCAAGCGAUGCCCUUGCGGCGGCGGCGCCGGCGACGGGGGAGACGGCGGUAGCUUGCUUCUCUUAGACCACCACCGCAGGAGAGACGUCGUCCUGCCGGGAGGCCUCACCAUACCAGAUGUGCCUGAAUGCAUACGAGUCGAUAAAGGGGAUCACAUUCGCUUCAAGUCCGAUGUGCUCAAAUUCAAUCAGAUGUCGGAGCUGCUCAAUCAGAAAUCGUCGGUACAGGGAAAAGUCCCGUCGGGAUAUAUGAAUGCUAUUUUCGAUUUGAGCGGAGCCUGGUUGAAUGAUGCUGCGGACGCCAAGUACUUAGCUUUCGAUGGCUAUUUCAUCUCGCUGUACUAUUUGCAUCUCACCGCAUCGCCUUUAGUUCUUCGCGACGAUGUCAAGAAAUCUGUUCCGUCUCAAUGGGAUCCGGCAGCACUGUCCAGAUUUAUCCGAACCUUUGGAACACAUAUAGUUGUGGGAAUGGCAGUUGGAGGCCAGGAUUUGCUGUGUGUUAAACAGAAGCCAUCUUCUCCAAUUCCACCUGCUGAACUCAAAGGAUAUUUGGAAGAACUUGGAGAUUGCUUGUUCUCUGAUGCCAGUAGUCCCAUAUUGGAGAGAAUAGCAAAAGAUAAUAAGGUGUGUUUUCCGGAGGUGUUUGGUCGUAUGCUACAAUCGCAUACCAUGCAGUUCACCAGCAUCACAGAAACAUCAAGCAAGGAUGGACUCACUCUUAUUUGGUCAAAAAGAGGAGGUGAUGUGUUUACACAAAGUCACUCCAGGUGGCUCCAGACCAUGGCAGCUAACCCAGAAGCUGUACUUCUCAAAUUUGUACCGAUUACCUCUCUUCUGAAUGGGAUUCCAGGGAGUGGCUACCUUAGUCAUGCCAUUAACUUGUACCUACGAUAUAAACCCACUUUAGAGGAUUUGCCAUAUUUUUUGGAAUUUCAAGUUCCCAGUCAGUGGGCUCCUUUGUUCUGUGAGUUGCCCCUAAGGCAUCUGAGGAGAAAGGCCUCAUUUCCUUCUCUGCAGUUUAGUUUCUUAGGUCCAAAAGUUUAUGUCGGCUCCACUCAGGUAACAAGCGAUCAAAAGCCAGUAACGGGUCUCCGCCUUUACCUGGAAGGCAAGAAAAGCAACCGCCUUGCAAUACAUGUGCAGCAUCUAUCAAGCCACCCGAGCAUCACCUCUCCAAAUCCCACGGCACGAAAACCCCAGUGGAGGGGUUCGGACGAUUACGAACUGUCGGACCAGUUCUUAGAACCCGUCCGCUGGAAGCGAUAUUCCAAGGUAUGCUCGUCCGUGGUCAAGCACGACCCCACUUGGGUGGUCUCCUCUGGUGGUGGCGUAUUCAUCGUGACAGGUGCACAGCUUGUCAUUAAGGGGAAAUGGCCGAGAAAAGCCCUUCACCUCCGACUGCUCUACACACAUUUACCCAACUGCAGCAUACGAAAGACUGAAUGGGCUUCUGUGCCCGAGUCAUCCCACAAGUCGAGCUUUUUCACCAACCUCAGCACGACUUUCAAUUUUACUCAGACAGAAAGUGCUGAUCCCAUGAAGAAGCAAACCCAAAUGAGGGCACUCAACUCGGGUGUGUACCCAGACGGUCCCCCUGUCCCGAUUCGGUCCACUAAACUUCUUAGGUAUGUGGACACAACCGAGGUCUCGCGUGGGCCAUACGAUGUCCCGGGGCAUUGGCUUGUGACGGCCGCUAAACUUGUGACAGAUGGUGGCAAAAUCGGUUUGCAUGUCAAGUUUGCUUUGUUGGAUUACUCGCAGGAAUGA